GCCCCCUGUACCCUGUACACACAACAUCCCCUGAUAUACUACUAGGCAUCUCAUUUCUGGGACUAAGAAUGUUAUUCUCAGAAAUCUGAUCAGACAAUUCAGAAACCAUUCAUAGCUUUCCCAGGAGCAUUUGACUGGGAAAUUAGGAGACAUUUUUUAAUAAGAUAGAUGAAGAUUUCUCUUUAUUGGUCUUUCCUUACUUUUUGCUUUUUCAUCAACUUCAACAUAGUAAAAACAGGCCAGAAUAAAAAAAAAACAAAGGCAAAUACAAGCAAGUCCAGCCUUUUGUCACAUGAAGGAUCCAUGUAAUAAGCAUGUGAUUGCAGGUGUGCACCCUCCAGAGUUUCCAGAGGAGAGCAUCAAAAUUCCAGGAGUGGAGAAAACCAGAUCUGAGAAAGUGGAACUGAAUUCAUAAGCCAGCUAACAGCACUUCCAGAAUGAGCAGCCCAGCAAAGCCAGUCUUCAGUGAUCGGCUAAUCUCCUCUUUCCGUGGCCAGAUUCCUAGCCAGGACCUGAGAGGACCUUAUACACUUGGGAAUCAGAACAACAGGACUUAUCUUCAGGGAAAUGCUAAAGCCACCAAGGAGUUCAGUCCAGAAGAGCAGCAGGAACUAAGGAGGAAGAUCAAUAACAGGGAGAGGAAGAGGAUGCAGGACCUCAAUGUGGCCAUGGAUGCACUUCGAGAGGUGAUGGCACCCUACUCAGCGGCACACCAGCAUGGAGCCCCAGGUCGAAAGCUUUCUAAGAUCUCCACUCUAAUUCUGGCAAGGAACUAUAUCUUGCUGCUUAGCUCCUCUCUCCAGGAGAUGAGGAGGCUGCUUGGGGAGGUGAGCGGGCCUGUGCCCAGGUUGCUUUUAGCAGGAUGGCCACUUUUCACAGCUCCCGGGUCUCUCUUUCUCACCCCGGAUUCCAUCCUGGCCAGUAAGUGUCCCCUACUAUCCCCAGAAGAACACCAGUAUCCCCAGCUGCAGUGGACGAAUGGGGGUCAAAUAUGCUCCUGUGGUCUCUGCAGGCUGCCUCGUUUCAUCCAAACCAGUCCCAGUCCCAGGUUUCCAAAAUAAGAGUCAUAUAUACCAGACAAUUUCCUUAAGAUGUUAUCUAAAGUUAUCACAUAUUUGUAGCUGCUUUGUUUUUAUUUUAAACAUUUUAAAUCAAUAAUACAGAUGUUACUGUAUGUAUGAUAUGCAUACUAUAUGGCUUUUUUUAUUUUGUCAAGGAAAUCAGUGGCUUUGUCAUUAACAAACAUACUUUGUUGUUGCUAACAUAAUUGCUAUUUCCUUUUAUUUUAUUUGCUAAUAUAUGUAACUUUUUUGUACAUUGUCAUUAUUGGUUUUUAUGAACAGUAGUGGUUGUCAGACAUAAAAAUUGUAUUGCAUUGUUUUAACAAUUUUUGUAAAGUAAGGGAGCAUUUAAAGGUGAUCUGAAACUUAAAAAUAAUAAUUUUUAAAAUGUGUAAUGCACUGAUUUUUUUAUUACAAUGAAAAUUC